AUGGGAACAUGGAGUCCUGCACAACUAUGCGGCAAACCCCAGGCCGCAUCGCUCUUCUCAAAACCUGAAACGACGGCCAUUUCCAACAAUCAAACUUCACCACGCCUCACACAACACUCAGACCAUUGUACUGAGGAUACUCCAGCAGUCUCUAGUUCGACAGACAGUCCACCUGAUGGAGGUUACGGCUGGGUCUGCGUAAUCGCCGCCGCCGUCAUCAAUGCGCAUUCGUGGGGGUUCAACACAGCAUAUGGUGUCUUCCUCGCCUAUUAUCUCAGUCAUGAAAUAUUUCCAGAUGCUUCGAGACUGGAGUAUGCGUUUGUGGGAUCAUUGAGUUUGACAACAAUGUUUCUUGUCUCCUCUAUCGCAACAAUAUCCACACUCAGGUACGGGAUUCGAAAAACCAUGUUCGCGGGCGUCAUCUUUGAGACAGCCAGUUUCAUUUGCGCGAGCUUCGCUUCCCAGAUUUGGCACCUUUUCAUCACUCAAGGUAUCAUGUUCGGCUUGGGCAUGGGCUUACUCUUCAUUCCGGUUGCCUCUGUUGUGCCGCAGUGGUUCACUACGAAGCGUUCUCUCGCUAGUGGCGUGUCUCUUUCCGGCGCUGGUCUUGGAGGCCUUGUUUAUUCCUUGGUGGCUGAAGCGAUGAUCCGCAAUAUUGGCCUGAAAUGGGCUUUCAGGGUAAUCGGUCUUCUCGCCUUCUGUGUCAAUACCACAUGUGUGCUCCUGAUCAAAGAUCGGGGGCAGACAAGCAAGACACGGAAGGUCACCAUGCGAAUCGCUUUCUUCAAGCGAUUGGACUUCAAUCUUCUUGUUGGGUUUGGCUUCUUCACGGUCUUGGGCUAUUUCAUCUUGAUUUAUAGUCUGGCCAGCUAUGGAGUGCACAUCGGUUUGACAUCAUCGCAAGCCUCCCUUGUCAGUGGUAUCUUCAAUCUGAGUCAAGCGGUUGGCCGACCUCUCAUUGGAUACUUCAGCGACGCCGUCGGUCGCAUCAAAAUGGCCGGUCUCACAACAUUCGCCGCAGGGGUGAUCGCCUUGACUGUAUGGGUCAACUCUGAGAGCUACGGGUUAUUGAUGUUUUUCGCCGUGGCCGACGGCCUCUUCGCAGGAAAUUUCUGGGCUCUGAUCGGGCCUUUGGUUGCGGAGAUACUUGGGUUGGAGCAGACGUCACAUGGCAUGAACCUAGUCUGGUUGAGCAUUGUCAUCCCCUCGACCUUCUCUGAGCCAAUUGCAUUGGGUAUCACUAGCACAACGGGAAGUUAUCUUGGGGCUCAAUUGUUUGCGGGCUUCAUGUAUGUUGGAGCAUCCGCUUUUCUUGGCGCACUCUGGCUGGUAAAUCGAAAGCGAGGCGGGCAUAUAGCUUAG